CUCUGCAGGCAGUAGGAGAAUUAACACACCCACUCCUCCCCAGAGGGAAGGAGUUAAAGGAGGCAGAAAGACGACAAACAUCGAUGAAAUCGGGGGUGAUGGACACUUUUUAAAAAAGCAAAUGUUUUGGGAAACUCUCAACCUUAAAACAUCAGAUUGUUUCAGGAAUAAAGCCUAAACCCUUAAAAGCUUUAGCCUAUAGCCUUUAUAGUCUCAAGACUAACAAAACUUCCAAGGAACAGACAGAAGGGGAGGAAAAUUACUACUUUCCAGUGAAUUUCUACUGAUACGCCUUUCAGUUUUACCUUAGUGAGUACUUAGUGGAAGAUUUUUCUUUCUGUAUUUCGUCGUUUUUAUCAAGCAAAUGGCAAGCGAUUGAUUGCAGAUAACAGCAAAAACAGCUUGCCUGAAGGAACGAAUGCACAAAUCAUUGUAACGCACAAGUUCGGUGCAAACAGAAAAAAAGAAAUCUGUGCCUGAGUCUUAAAUCACCCUGCAGUUGGAUCAAAUGACGUCAUUUGAUCUAACUUACGUUGGAUCAAAUCCAACAUGUUUUAACGUCAUUAACUCUACACAUUUUCUGUGGCGAAGAGAAACAAAAUACAGGAUUUCCUGUUCUACAGACGCCGUAUUGGUCUGCAGAUGCCGGCAGGAUUUCAGCACUCUGAAAUUUCCCUCAACAUGCUGAAGUUUAAAGAAGGAUCUUUGGGGCUGGGAUCUCGGAGAAAAGUUGUAGCGAAUAAAAGCAGAAAGAUUGCUCCUGCUGCUCGCUAGCAUGGAUGCCUCCCCCCUGAAGAAUGGCAGUUCCAGGAAGAAACCCUCCAUUCACCUUAAUUGUCUUGAGUGAAGACGUUCAGUCGAGAUGGAGACCAACAUGUCCUCUGGAAACUGUACUGAUCCCCAGAUGUCCUUUCAGUCCACCCUGUAUGCAACCACUUACACCAUCAUAUUCAUACCCGGGCUUCUGGCAAACAGUGCUGCCUUGUGGGUUUUAUGUCGCUUCAUCAGCAAGAAGAACAAAGCUGUGAUUUUCAUGAUCAAUCUGGCCAUGGCCGACCUGGCUCACGUUCUCUCACUGCCUUUACGAAUGUAUUACUAUAUAAACCAUACGUGGCCUUUUGGAAGCUUUCUUUGCCAGGUGUGUUUCUACCUGAAGUAUCUCAACAUGUACGCGAGCAUUUGCUUCCUCACCUGCAUCAGCAUCCAGAGGUACCUCUUCCUUCUCCACCCGUUCAAGGCGAAGGACUGGAAGCGGAGGUACGACGCGGCCAUCAGCGCCGCGGUGUGGCUGUUCGUGGGGGCAGCUUGCUUACCGCUGCCCAUUGUGAGGAGCCCGGCCUUAUCCAACACCACAAACACAUGCUUUUCCGACCUAGGUGUGAAGCAAAUGACACCAGGAGCCUCUAUCGCUUUGGUGACAGUUGCGGAGCUAUUUGGGUUUGUGAUCCCCUUGGGUAUCAUUGCCUGUUGCACGUGGAAGAUGAGGCAGUCCUUGCAGGAAUGUCAAACGGAGCUGCAAAAUGCCAGUGAGAAGCAGAAAGCUUUGCGAAUGGUGUUAAUGUGCGCUGCUGUGUUCUUCAUAUGCUUCACCCCAUACCACAUCAACUUCCCGUUAUUUAUGAUGGUAAUAGAGAACAUCAUCAAAGACUGUGCCAUUCACAGGAGCACGCUCCGCUUCCACCCCAUCUCCCUCUGCCUCGCGAGCCUGAACUGCUGCUUGGAUCCAGUCCUCUACUACUUCAUGACAUCCGAGUUUCAGGACCAAUUGCUGCGACACAGCCAUGCUGCCCUGAGGUCUUGGUUUGCACGCAAAGGGAGCAGCCUCUCUGUUAGGGAGACCAGCGACAAUAUUCAUAUGAAAAAACAAAGUUUUCCACGUUUCAAAUUUUGGUCCCUUCCAAAAUUCUUUGGUCGAAUAAAUAGUAUGGAAAUUCCUCCGAUGCCACCAGAUGAGCUUUUGUUAGAGUCCAUCUCUUGAAACAUAAGACAUUUCCCUCCAUAUAGGUGCUUCUCAGAGCUCUAGUGAAGACUGCAUUAGGUGUCUGAAUACAUGUUGCAUUACCCUUGUUUGCAACAGGUACAAGAGUGACACAGAAUGACACUUCGAUGAAAACACAUUUCGUAGUUGCAUUGUUGCUAUUAGUGACUGUCUGACCCACAGUGGUCUCCGUCAUGUUAUUAUUAAACUAUUUGAAACAGCCAUCACCAAUACCAGUAUUUUUCUCCAGGCUGAACUGCAGCAGGUGUGGUUCCCUACAAUUCCUUUCGCUUCGGUGGAGUCCCACAGGAAAAGGGAAUAUUUCUGAACCAGAAAAAAACGUAUCUAUGUAUUUGUCCUUCUUGAAAAUCCUUCUAAACCCUGGCUUGCAACCAGGCAGCUCUGCCCUCAACAGAGGUACCACCGGCUGGAAUUACAGCACUGACUGCAGCUGCAUACAUCCAAUUAAAAUUGCCUGUGCUGUGCUCUCAUUAGGCUCUAGAUCCAGACAGUUAACUAUCUCCACGUAAAACAAACCUCCUCCCAUUGAGGACCUAACCUAGACCAGACUGCAGGACUACAACGUUACCAGCAAACACCAAGCUAGCAGCAUUAACCCAUGUUCACGUCAGCGUUAAAGGGAGUUUUCAAACGAGCUGAGCUAUGUCAGCUGAGUUUACUCUAUAGAAAAAAGCCACCUAGACUUAAGUGAGGGAGCUUAGGCUGCUGGGAGCUGCAAGACACUAAAGCGAUUAUAAGGGAUGAAUACUUGAAAGAUGACUGUAAGGGGAUAUGCCAAGCGCGAGGUGGGAGAGGGACCGGGCAGUCCUUCCCGCAGCACGUUCGCGCGCAGGACCUGCCACGGGGGAGCUCGCAGUCGGUGCUGCCAUCUCCUGUUGUUAUUAGGAGUCUUGUGUUACCUGGCAUUUUGCUAAAGCCUCUGCUCCUAGAUUAAGAUGUUAUAUGAGGCUCUCGGCUUUGCCUUAAAGAACAAAAACGCUUCCAGCCCUCGCUGGUUCCCAAAAGUUCACAAAGCUGACCCAAGCGCAUCCUUAAGGCUUCA